CUUACCGGGUAAUUGAGGAAUGGAUAAAUAUUUGGGCUUAAUGACAGCUUCAGAAGCUCAGCCAUCACACAGCAGCUUCACUCGUCUCACUUCAGACAUGUCGGCAUUUUCGUCUACAGCCACGGCAGCGGACAGCGUGGUGGUCGUCACACAUGUUCACCGAACUAUCCAGCCUGUUUUACCUCGACAUUCUCCAGCUCCGGGUCAACGUCUCAACCCUGGAAACAACUACUCCUUGAGCGGAGGACAAUCGCAGGUGGUUGGGCUGGUGCAGAACAUUAUCGGAAUAAUAAUCAUCGUGUUUGGAAGCAUCAUGGCGGCAAAUAAUGAAGACAAACUGUCAGUUGACAGUGGUGUGUUCGUCUGGGGACCAUUGUUGUUCAUCAUUGCUGGAUCUGUGACGGUGUCUGCUGGGACGUCAAUGAGCCAAUCUCGGAUGAAAUAUGCUGUGCGCUACAAUGUUGUUGCCGCUGUGGCUUCAGUUCCCGUCGGCAUCAUCUUCUUUGUGGAUACUACCGAAAUUUUGAAGACAAAUGACAAUGACCAUCUUCCCUGGUUCCCUGACCAUGAUGAGGGUCGAUUUAGGUGGUUUACAGGUGUUUCAGCUUUUUUAUCCUUCUGUGAGUUUUGCUUGUCCAUGUGUGUUGCUGGGAACAGCUGCAGACGUCAACAUCAUUCCACAGCUCGGCCGUUAACCAUCACCAACCGUUUUACUGGGACUGCUUCAGUGACUGCAGAAACGCCACCUAUUCCGAUGGACCCGCCCCCUCCCUAUGAGAAGCCUCCAGAAUACAGCAGCAUCGUAAACCGAGGGCCACACCCUUCUGAGUGACUGGAAACAUCAUGAAGGGCGACAACAACCCCCAUCUCCAGCACCACCUCCAGCUUUACCAGCAUCACCACCACCCCUGCCUUCACCACCACCUCCAGCAGCACCAGCACCAGCUCCAGCACCACAACUGUUAAACUAUAUUACCAUAGGUUCUUAGACUUGACUUUA